AUGGAUUCCCAUGUCUUGCAAGACUUCCAGAGUGAACUCACAUGCUCCAUUUGCAUGAAUUACCUCUUAGAACCUGUCACCAUAGACUGUGGACAUACCUCUUGCCGACCCUGCCUCUUUCUCUGCUGGGAAGAAGCCCAAAUGCCAAUGUGCUGCCCUGAGUGCAAAGAAAGAGUAGAGAAGUCAGACUUCAGGACCAACAUCAUGCUCAAGAAGCUGGCUUCUCUUGCCAGACAGGCCACACCUCCCUCUGACAGCAGGUCUGGGGAGCAGCUCUGCAGGACACAUGGGGAGAAAAAGUGGCUCUUCUGUGAGGUGGACAAGAGCCUGCUCUGUUCACCCUGUUCUGACUCACCCGAACAUGCGGUUCACAGCUACAGCCCAGUGGCAUGGGCAGCAGAAGAGUACAGGGUGAGUGAUGGGCCUGAAGAAAAACUGCUAAAGAAAAUGGAUCCUUUAUGGCAAAUGACCCAGGAUAUGCAAGAUAAUCUAAAUGAAGAAAUUAACAAAUAUAGAAAUAAGAUAUUUGGAGAUGAUGGUGGAACUAAAGAUCCCCAGACAGUUGAGAGUUACGUUAUAUGGAGUGCUGAGGGAUUUACCUCUGGUAGACACUACUGGGAGGUGGAUUUGGGGAACACCUCCAACUGGAUUCUCAGCGUCUGUAAAGAUUUUGUGACAAGUGACACUUUUGAUUGUGAGAAAACAUUUCUCCUAUUUUCCUUAAAGAAGAAUAACCACUGUAGGUUCUCCACCAACUCCCCACCCUUAACUCAGUAUGUACAAAGACCUGAGGGUCGGGUUGGGGUAUUUCUAGAUUAUGACAAUGAAAUUAUGAGCUUCUAUGAUGUUUACCGAUGUUCCCUCAUAUACAGU